AAAAAGAGAAAAAAAAACGACGUCUCCUUAAAUCUCGUCCCAAAAAAUCCCUAAAAGAGAGAGAAAUAAACGAUCUUUGGAGGAAAAAAACACGUCGAGUUGAAAAAGGAAGUGACAGAGAGACGGAAAUAAGAAGAAGAAGAGAUAAUAAAAUAGAUAAAUAAGAAAUAAGAAGAGAUAAUAAUAAUAAUGGAGGCUUCGGGAAAAUGGCGAGGUCUUGCGAAGGAAAGAUCGAUAAUUUAUUUAUAAAUUGAACGAUUUUAAUAGAUUUGACGAUUUAUUUAUAAAAGGGAUUCUUUGGGUAAGUUUUUUUGUUCUUUAAACAUCUGACAGCCAGCCACCUGUAGACAAGAUGCCACAGCUCCAUCAACCCAGACAACUUCUAUGGUCAUGCAUCAGCGCCAUCAGUGAAAUGGUCAUUGCUCAAACACUGUCAUGUCCUGAACCUAUCCAGAAUGUCAGUACACGGAAAUUGCUACUCAAAUACGUGCCACCUCUUCUGCUGCAGGACAUUCUAAACUGUGUCAUGCGCAUGAUUGCCAUACACCACGCGCCAAGAGCCUCUGCGAAAGUUGUAACGUGCCUUUUAGAGAUACUCAUUCACCCCAGGUUACUGGAGCUACGUCUGUCGGAUCUUAGUUAUGUGGGCAGUGUCGAACUAGAAGCACUAGACAUGGUAGAGAACACAUUGAUAAAGUUGCUGCCCUCCCUGUCUCACCUCACGCACCUGAACCUGUCCACAAACCGAAACAAGAUCACCUUCCCCUCCUGUUCCACAGAGAUCCUGCAGGUGGUGGGAUGCUCCUGCCCCAACCUGCAGCUCCUGGACCUCAACCACAACAACCGCGUCACGGGGGAGGGCCUGCUGUACCUCUACCCCUCCGACACGCGGGACGGUUGCGCCAAGCUGGAGAAGCUCUUCAUCCAGGACUGCAGCAUUGAGCCGGAAGACGUGGCAAUGUUGAUCCACUUCUUCCCGAACCUGCAGAUUGUGGGCUACAAGGAGCUCGGCACGUCGCUGCAGAUGCUCAAGUCACAGCCGAGGAAAUUCAGUUGGAAGAGGCGACGCUACCAGUACUGCCUCAAGCUGACGCACGUCGACAACUCGCUCUCGAGGGUGCAGAGGUGCGACGGGGACGUGGUUGACUUUGUGUGCGAGUCGUGCCCAGAUCUCGAAAACCUGAAAGUGAGAGUGUGUGAUGAGGAUGUGGGAGGCAUGGGCAGAUUAGAAAAACUGAAACAUCUCGAGCUCAGAUUUUACACUGGAGUGCAUCACCCUAUUAGCCUCUCCACGUUAAGUUACCUAAUGGACCAUGGUCAUAGACUAGCCUCUUUAGCUAUCUUUUGCAACAGGCUCCAUGCCCGCCACAUCCAGACAAUCGCAGAAAGUUGCAUCAACCUCAAGAAGCUGUUUCUCCAUGCCAAUGCAGCUGUCAUGGACACCUUGCUACAAUCAAAUGAAAACGCAAUGAGCAAGUUAGAGGUGCUGAGUUUACGGCUGGGCCACGACGAGUUAAUCAUGAGUCCCGGUGCCUGUGAUAUUGCCUGCUUCCUCAUACAGCCGGCAAAAGCCCUCCAGGAGCUGUACCUUCUGGUGCGGUCCCACGGCAUCAACCAUGCGUUCAUAGUGAGGCUGCUGGAGAUCAAUCCCCUUUCGAAACUGAAGAUAUUAAUAGCAGAUGCACCGAGGAGGACUUUAGCGGCUCCCAUGUUAGAGCUGACCUUCGACACGGCCUAUCUCAUCAUCAAUAACUGUCCAUCUAUUCAGCUUCUCGGAAACCUUAUAUGCUGGAGUGUCACUUCAGCUCAGGUAGCAGAACUACGAGCUGUGAUACGAAUGUGCAACUAUAACCUUACCAUCAUUCACACUCAGUCGAACAAGCUGAACAACAAACACUUCUAAGCUUAAUAGGGGGGGGGGGGGGUGAUAGUCAACUGUAAUAUAACUUCUGUACUAAUUUUAACAAAUAGUGCAGUUAUAUAGACGAACUGGUUUAAAGAAGGAGGGUAGUUCAGAAAAAUUAAGAAAAAGGGGAAAGUCUAUGCAUAGCAGAGAUAUCAGAACUAACUCUUAUGUUAUAGUAUUAAGUUAAAAUGUCAUCUAUAUUUUCAUCUUGACUAAGGUACGUUUUAGGUGAGCUUUCCAUACUUCUGGUCUCUUCAGGCGUUGUUUUCACUCGUUCACUUACAUUAUCAUGUUUCAUUGUCAUCCUUAGUUUGAGUUAGACACGGAAAGGCUUUGGGUUCAUUGGUCAUACAUGAAUUACAGAAUGCCAGCAGAAACAGAAUAAGGAUAAGAAAGACAUGUAUAGUAAAGUAUUCGUAGUUUUGGCUUUUACAGCAUGUCUGGAUCAAAUGGUUUUCAUUAGGGAGUUAAUUCCUUUUUUUUUUUUUUUUUUUUUUUUUUUCUAGCUCCGAAUGUACAAAUGCGAUUCCAGUUUCGGGUUAUUUUUCCACAGUAAUAUUAUACAGUACAAGCGAUAGUGAUAAAUGGCAGAAAUGAGUAUUAUAGAUCCAUGCAUACCUGAAUACAUAAACGCAAAUAUUGGGCAAAUAGUAUUUUUCUUUGAAAAUGUUCAGAAGUAUAUUUGCUAAAAAUAUAUCAUUUACUAAUUGUAUUCCAGUGAAGAUGUUCAAAAAUGAAAUAAGAUUUUUAUAGUGCAAAGUAAUAUGUCCUAUACAGAGUUAUAAAAGAGGAUACCUUUAUUUUUCAUUAAUCAUGUAUAUUUAUACAUGUGCACAUGUGUUUUCUGUGAGUGUUUAGCAUCAAAAGAGACAGGAUGUUGUACCCUUAGAUGCAUGAGAAUUCUUAUACAGUCACAUCGCAUUAUUUUUUUUAUUUCUAGAUGAUAGGUACAUGAAAUGCUAGUCCAUCCACCAAUAUUAUUCUUUGAGUAUCUUGUGAUCAUUCGUCUAACAGGUACUCGGAUAUAAAAGCUGGUUUAACUGUAUUUCGGUAGAUUAGAGUUGCAUUUCAAGGGAAGUAUUUGGCUUCUAUGUCCCAUUUCUACUGCUUUAUGAUAUUUAUUUUGUCAGCAAGCUCAAUUUAUUGGUAGUUUCUUUCAUUUGUUUUUGUGAUUUUCAUCAUUUUUCUGCUCUUUCUGUUUCUUUUUCUUGAUAAUCUUUGUUAUCUUCUCCUCUUUCUGUUUUCUUUUCUUUUUUCUUUUUUUUCUUUUCUUUCUUCUUCAUAAAGUUUGUCCUUUUUUUAUAUAAUAUCUAAUGAAAUGAGAUAUUCUCCGAGGUCAAAUUUUAGUGCUCUCUAACUAGAAACAAGUUACCUGCAAGGUUGGUGAAAUUUUAUAUAAAUUGCAGAGACACAUUUUGAUGUGUAGUUUAAUAUUAAAAGUAUUUUCUUAGAAAAAGUUUAAAGAUGUUCAGAUUUUUGUUGUUUGUGUUGACUAUAUAAUUUUGUUGCAUUUUUCUUUGCUUUUAAUUGUUGCCUGUUUUCUGUAUUUAAAGCAAAAGCAAAUGCAAAAGAUGUUUCAUGUAGACCAUUGAAAUAUUGCUGUAUCAGCAUAUGAAACCGGUAACAUCUUUCUUCGGUAGUCUUUAUGCUAAAAUAUUUUCUUUUUGUAAGAGUUGAAGGUAAAUUUGCUUUCUAAACCUGACAAGGUUGUAACUGAACCAUUACUUCAUACAUUGCAUUGUCAAAAAUGUGAAUGACUUUUAUCUGUUGAUAUCAUGUGAUGAAAUGUUUGCAAGACUGGGUAGUGAGACUGUGUUACAGUAUAUUAUAUAUUACUGAAUUAUAUUUAUUGUUUUA